UGUGAAUUAAUAACAAAAACAAAUGCUGAAAGAUUAAUAGCAAUGUUAAAAUUAACGGGAUCUCCAGCACCUUUCGACCUCCUAAACAACCAACUACGAAGUUUAUUGCUUCCAUUAAAAGUUGCCCACGACUGUUUUGGUGGUUGUAAAGGAUAUCUCUACCCGACAUUAACUCCAAAUCCUUGCUUAGAAUGCAAAACGUGUCAUAAUAUGUUUAAACCUGAAGAUUUCUGUCUUCACACCCAUUCACCGACGAACGGGAAAAACACCUGUUUUUGGGGGUUUGAUGCAACAAAUUGGCCAUAUUACAUUAGAAUUGAUGAUGAAACAACAGAAGGGGAUGAAUUAAUUUUGUUUAAUAGAAACCAAACUUUGGAGGAAGAAGAAAAUCGUUUAGCUAUAUUUAUCCAAACUUAUUUGGCUAGACAACAACAACAGCCAAUUCCCUAACCAAAAAUAUUUAUAUCCCUUUCAAGAGCGUAUCCAGAGGGUCUGUCUGAUUCAGAACUGAGGGCCGAGGCGUUUGACGUCCAUUUUUACCUUUUUUUUUGUCGUUUGCGUUUUUUGGCGUUUGGCGCCCCUCGCCAAAAUUUUGCGCACAGCUUGCGGAUUUUAGUUGGGAGGUGUGCGCCAAACCUUUUGACGUUUAUAAACGUCAAAACUUUGGCGUUUCAAACGCAAACUAAGUUUCUUUUGUAUCUCACAGACCGUUGGAUACUUCAUUGUUCCCUCUUAUACUAUCACCUCUUUCUUUUUUCUUCC